AUUUGGCUUCUUCAGACAGAGAGGGGUGCAAUAGAAAGAAAGAAAGAAAGAAAGAAAGAAACGGUAUGUCGAGGUCGAAGAAGUUGUUCGACUGUCCGGGUUUGCCCCGUGGCUGGAAGCGCGAAGAAUGCAUCAUGACGACGGGCUUAUCCACUGGCAAAGUCGCCUUCCGAUACUACAGCGUCGUGGUCGUGCGGAACUUGGCCUCUGACGGCGGCAAAGACAAUGACAGCGACAAGAGCAACCUCCCGUCCUCGGUGACGUCGUCGUCCAACAACCACCACAAAGUGAAGCCUGCGCAAGUUUACUGGGAGAAACGCUUGGAGAACGUGAAGCCCAAGUACACAUACGACAGAGUGUGGAUUGCGUCAUUGGGCGGCGAGGGAAAUGAUAAUGCUAAUGAUGAUGAUGUGGACGACGACGACGACGACGACGACGGCGGCGGCGGCGGCAACAACAAGAAAGAGAGUGGCGACGAGGAAUUGCUGCCGGCAGGACUGACGCCAUUCCCGGGCCUAGUAGACGCUCGCACUGCCGUCCUGAGUCUGGCUGCGCAUCUCACGGCGUCCCGGAAACGGGCCUUUGUCGGACAACGCGACCAUCGUGGCAAGGUGGACAAGCUCCCCGGUGUGUUUGUGGAUCCGUCCGAGCCACUGGUGAAGAGCUUCAAAAUCUCCGACAAGGACCUGGCUGCGCAAGAGGCGAAAGUGAACGCGCUGAGAAACAAGUUGGCCGAGUUACAGCGACAGCUGAUGGCGCCCUGACUCUCGCCAUCCUUGACCUCGACGUGUGCAUGUUUGUUGUAGUUUUUUUUUUUUUUUCUUUUCCUAUUUUACAUAAUAUAUACUUUAUAUGUAUUGGCUCGUUUGUGUACGCGCGACUGUCUCGAUUCGAUUCCUCCUCUCGUGACGACGGGAUUGAAACAACAGCGUGUAUUUUUUCCUGUUCUUCUUUUUUCUCC